CGACCCUCUCCGCCGCCAACGAAUGCUGCGUUUGCAAGGAACAGUACAAGCUGCUGCGAGCCCAGAGAGGACGGACGAGUCCCCGGUAACAAACAAACAACGGCGACACGGCAAACUCCACGGAUUUAAGCGGAGUGCAGGUUGAAGAAUGGAGUUGGCCAACCAUGGUCUUAUCCUGCUGCAGCAGCUUAACGCUCAGAGGGAGUUUGGCUUCCUGUGCGACUGCACUGUGGCUAUAGGAGAUGUCUUCUUCAAAGCCCACAAAGCUGUCCUCGCUGCCUUCUCCAAUUACUUCAGAAUGCUCUUCAUCCACCAGGACAGUGACUGUGUGCGCCUGAAGGCUGCUGACAUACAGCCAGAUAUCUUCAGCUACCUCCUCAACCUGAUGUACACAGGCAAGCUCGCACCCCAGUUGAUAGAUCCCGCACGGCUGGAGCAGGGCGUCAGAUUCCUACACGCCUAUCCACUCCUGCAGGAGGCCAGCCAGUCUGUGUAUUCACACGCUGAGCAGCACAGCAUCAACCUUUCCACCUCCCUCUACGGCAUCCAGAUCUCCGACCAGCAGGUAGGGCUGUCUGCUCGAUUGGCCACUAGACGGCAGCUCUCCUCACCCUUUGACAUGGAGCAGGCGAGCUCAGAGGGGAAGUAUCCGUCCACGCCAGCUGCCACAGCUCCAUACGCAAAUUCCUUCCUGACCAAGCUAGCUUCCUCGCCACCAGAAGUGGAGGCCUCAACCAGCGGCACCAAGCCAACAGCUGAAGAGGGAGGAAUGGACUUGCUAAGUGCAGAUGGUUCCUCAGCCAGCGCCAUUCUUCACGUAAAGCCCAGCAUCAUGAAGAGGAGCUCGUCCUUUAGGAAGCAUUACUCGUGUCAUCUGUGUAGGAGUCGAUUCACCCAGAGAAGCCUGCUGAGAGAGCAUCUCCUCCAGCACACCCAGGCUCUACAGCAGGCGCCAGCUGAGCCCAGCAAUGAACUCUCACCUGCCAUGACCGGAGAAAACAGCAUGCUGGAGUUAGAGGGGGCCCUGAAGGGAAUGAAGGCAGGGUCAAGUGCCUCGGCCGCUACCACAGCAGUAGAGAUAAUCAGUGACAGCGAGCAAACGCCUGUUUCAGGUACCAACUCGGACUCUCCACAAGCAGAGGUGUCCACGUCCAGCUGGGGGGCAGGAGGAUUAAACUCUCAGGCAGACACACCACCUCCGUCAGACAUCGCGGACAUCGACAACCUGGAGAGCGCCGACUUGGACAGGGAAGUGAAGCGGCGCAAGUAUGAGUGCUCCACAUGUGGCCGCAAGUUCAUCCAGAAGAGCCACUGGCGCGAACACAUGUACAUCCACACGGGCAAGCCCUUCAAAUGCAGCGCGUGUGGCAAGAGCUUCUGCCGGGCCAACCAGGCGGCCCGCCACGUGUGCCUGAACCAGGGCGCCGACUCCUACACCAUGGUGGACCGACAGAGCAUGGAGCUGUGCGCUGCGGGCGACGACGCCAGCCAGAUGGAGGCAAUGUUCUUGGGCUCGUCGAAGCCUUACAAGUGUAACAUUUGUGCGACCACCUUCUCCAGUCCCAACGAGGUGAUCAAACACUUGUGCUUUACUCAAGGGGGAUUGGUGGGGCUACAGGGAAACACGAGCGCAGGGAUGCUGCUCCAGCGUGAGGAGUUUUCCAAAGAUGAAGGCUCUGAUUUGUCCAACUCUGGCACCCCACUGGAACCCAUAAAGACUGAAGAGAUCCUCGUAGAGUAGUGCCAAAACUGUGUAUUUGUCCUUUUUAACAUGUAUGUUUACUUUCUAAAUUAUGGUUAAUAGGUAAGCUAAAGGUGAAGUUAGUCAGGGUAUGUAUGUUUGAGGAUCUCAAUCUAAUAAAACUUUCUCUGGAGGCUUUUUUUGUGGUACACUCUUUUGGAUGUUUUUGGCUGAAUAUGACAAAAAGUGAAUCCAACAUCAUUAGAAAGGCAAAUAACAAUAACAUUUAACUCAAGGCUAAGUUAAACACCAUUGAGAAAGAUGAAGUAACUAACUUUCUUCGCACCUUUUUAUUAUUGGUGUACAUUAGACUCACGUCAGGUGGUGCCACAGUGUUUUUUCUAAAGAGCUAAAGUUGCUGCGCAGGCAGUCUUUGAGUAUGAGAGGAAGAGGAAGCUGAGACGGUUCCGGAGGACACAGUGUGUUGUGAGAUGGGUUAGCUGUGCUAGAUUUGAGGAGGAGAAAAAGAGUUGCAAACUUUUAAUAACCCCCCUGUAACUGCACAGAAGAGCUGUUUCUUCAUGGUCAUAAAUGAGAGGCUUAUUCUGUAGAUCCGGUGUAGAUUUAAAGUUCAGCUAAAGGCACACAACAUAUUUAGACCUGAGACAAUCUGUGCUCUUUUUUGAGUCGAUGCCCGAUAUGCAGGAAAAGUGCAUCUGUCUUCCAUCCAUGUUUUUGUCAGUGUUUCGACUUUUUAAACGUAAAGUGUUGACCAUGAUUUGCAUCCUUCUCACUAACAGUGUAGUUGUUUUACUCUGUGUUUUGUUGACUGUGCUAAGUGUGAGUAAUCCUAUGUCGUUACACCUAAUUGAAGCACAAUUGCUCUUCAUACAACAAGCAAGAGUGUUCAUUGUGUUUACAGUUGAGCCCCGCUGAGUCAUUAUUUGGUUACUGGUUGAUGGGAGGCUGUCCUGUCUUUAUAUAAUUUUUUCCAAUCUACUUCUAAGAAAAAGCCCUUGUUUUUUGUUUGCCAUGCUUUUCUAAUUUUAUAUACAAUGCUAUAUUUACAAAGAUGACUUUAUAUUGCAAAGGUUUAUGUAUAUUAGUAGACAAAUAGCUUUCAAAAUAGCGUUACAUUUGGCUUAGCGAGAGUUGAUGUAUUAGGGAUGGGCAUGAUAAAUGUAUCAUUAAUUUCCUAAAGAAAUAGAUUAGAAUUAAAAUAUAUAUAUUUGAGAUUUUAAGUCUCUUCCCCUUUCCAAAGUUUUACUAAUUGCAAAGGGAAACUAAGACUGUCUGACAUUUAUAUGUGUUCUUUAACGAAGCAGAAUAAGAAGUAGUUGCAACAGUUGUCGUUUAUAGAACAAACAUUGUGAGAGAAAGUUUGCAGGUGAACAUGUUUAAAUGUAUGAUGAUGAUGCAGAGGUGGGAGAGUUUGAAUGCUCCACCUGUCAGUGUGGAAGCGGUAUAAACUCAGGCAGAGGUGACGGUGUGACAGUUAGCUUUAACAAGAAAUAAAAUGACAGGGUGAUAUCUCUUUAUACUUGACUGCCUGGAUACAUGUGUGUUAUGGGAAUAUAAAGGAUGCUAUUAAUUAUAACUUACAGCAAAAUAAAUUGUUUGGGAUAACAGACAUUUCCUUUAAACUGCUGAUGACUGGAAAUUGUUUAAAAUCUUUACAUACAUGUCAAGUUAGGUGGGGUUUAUGCAAAUUUAGGGCCACUUUGUUCUUUUUUUAAAAUCUUUUAUUAUCUUUUUUUGCAUUAUCUAUCUCACGUUUCAAUAAAAAGAUGAAUGAAUGUUAUUUGAGGGAGGCUUGUUAAACUGUCCUGAUAUUGUUAAUGCUCCGUCUAGUGGAAAAUAAAUUCUACAUUGUAUUGUUACUGCAAAUAACAUUGCCUUUUUUGCUGCAAAUACUAACCGACCCAUGCGGCUACAGAAACCAAAAAUGAUUUCGUAGUCUGACAUUUGUCUUCCAAAUUUUUAGCUGAAACGGCACUAAUUGCUAGUAAUCCUAGAGACCAAUUUUAAUUAGGGCUACAACUAACAAUUAUUUUAACUGUUGACUAAUUUGUAGAUUAUUUUCUCAAUUAAAUCGAUUAGCUGUUUUGUCUAUAAAAUGAGAAAAUAGUGAAAAUGUCAAACAAAGCCCAAGAUGACGUCUUCAAAUGUCUUGUUUUGUCCAAAACCCAAAGAUAUUCAGUUCACUGUCAUGGACGAGUAAAGAACGCAGAAAAUACUCAAAUUUAAGAAGCUGAAAUCACAGAAUUUUUAGUUUGUUUUUUGUUUUGGGUUUUUUUUUUCCUUUUUUUUUUCUUUAAAAAAAAAUAGACAUAAAAUGGAUUAAUUGUUGCAGCUCCAGUAAUAAUAUAAUUUUCAAUAUUGUUUUUAAAGCAGAGUUGUUAAAUAAGCCACAUAAGCUCAUUAAUGUGUGUUGUAGAAAGUAUAUUAAAUGUAGACUGUGUUGGAUUUAUUGACUUGUUUCCAUCUUUUAUCCAUUUCAAUACUGUAUGUCAAACUAUAACAGAGAAAUGCCCAUCCCUAGUACGUUUAAUAUGCUUAUAUAUUCUGUUUUUUUUCCCUUUGAUUUGAAUUUCGCCGAGCCCCAAGUACAGAUGUUUUGACAGUAAAUUUGAAGUCCACUUUUAGUUUGAUUUACGUGGGUAUUUGUACCUAAAAUCCUGCUAUAUUAAGUAUUUAAAAGCAGUUGCUGCUUUGUUGCAAUGAGCCCAGUGUUGCGGUAGAUGGAGCUGUUUUUCUUUUUGUCUACUCAGGUCUAGUGAGGAGGAAGGCUGUCAAAUCUGAGUGGUGUGAGCCAUCUUUGCCAUACGUCAAUUUUCAUCACAUUUUGAUUCACAUUAAAAAAAGUCUGGAUUUAGUCUUAAAAACAGAAGGAUUCUUGUUUGUGUCUUGAUUCAAGCUUUGUUGAGGCGACUGAAAUGCUGUACUACUGACAUUCAUUUCUCAGAGCUCAAUUGAUACACAGAUUAAUGCAGAGCUUUACGAAAAAGUCUAACUCCCUCCUCGGUUUGAGUCGUAAUUGUUCUCCUGCCGCACCAGUCUGUAACUAAAUGGUUGUGUAUGUGUGUGUUUAAACGUCUCAGGAAGAUGAGAAGUUUCACAUUGUCUUUUUUGUCCACUGUUGUUUAUCCCGACAACAGUCUCAUUUCAAGCUCAUGAUCCUUCUCCCCAGCGCCCGUCUGACAUCUACUGUGAUCAAUCUGUGUUCUCAGGAAUGUGAGUAAUUUUCUGUAUAAAUAACUUUUUUUUUUUCCAAUGAAGAAUGA